AUGCCAGGCCGUGUCUCGGGGCAAUCAGUGGUUGCAGCGUCGCCUGUUUCUACGCAAAAUAUAUCGGCAAGUAGAGGACCAAGCAUCCAGGGUGUGCGGCCAAGUGGUGCUUCAGGAGCUGGAGGGUUAGCAGUCGCCGUAGGUGCAGGGGGUACUCUUCCCCUAGCGACCUCAGGAACGGGAGGCAACCUGAUAAACUCAUCUACUGCAGCUGGCAAAAGUGAACGUGUGUCCACUAAUGGAACAAGUACGCUUAGUGGACCGUCAAGUGUCUCUGCUGGUACUCCAGGAGCUGGACGGUUAGCAGUUGCCGUAGGCGCAGGGGGUACUCUUCCUCCAGUGACCUCAGGAACGGGAGGCAACCUCAUAAAUACAGAUACUGAAGCUGGCAAAAGUGAACGGGUGUCCACCAAUGGAACAAGUACGCUUAGUGGACCGUCAAGUGUCUCUGCUGGAACUCCAGGCGCUGGAGGGCUAGCAGUUGCCGUAGGUGCAGGGGGUACUCUUCCGCCAGUGACCUCAGGAACGGGAGGCAACCUCAUAAACACAGAUACUGAAGCUGGCAAAAGUGAACGGGUGUCCACUAAUGGAACAAGUACGCUUAGUGGGCCGUCAAGUGUUUCUGCUGGUACUCCAGGAGCUGGAGAGUUAGCAGUAACUGCAGUUGCAGAAGGUACACUUCCUGCUGCUACCUCAGGAAAAGAUGGCAGUGUCAUAUCCCCGGCUACUGAAUCUGGCGGACGCGAACUAAUACUCGACAAUCUAACAAAUGCACAUGGUGGACUGUCAGUUGGUGCUUCCGAUACUCCUGGAGGGGUUGUCGAGGCUACGCCAACAGGUCUACCAGCACCAGCUUUACCCGUACUUGUCGGGUCUCCUCCUCGUUAUCACUUGCCUGACACCACACACGCAGAUCUGAGUGCGGCUACAAGCACUGCACAAGGUGCGGCUUCAUUCCUGCCCUACCCUUUGGACACUUCCUCAUCAACGCCGAUACGUUAUAGUGGGGCCAGUUUGGGGUACUCCUCAUGGUUUCCACAAACGUUUAGCCCUCCAAAUUAUGGACUCACUAGCUUUGACUUUAAUCCGUGGGCUACGCCUUGACCUGUUGCAGCACAGCAUGACAUGGCAGGCCUGAGGUUCUAUCUUUGGAGCAAAGCCUUCACCGGUAGUCUCAGUUACGGUUGGCCCAGCUUCGGAAGUUAUUCAUGGUAUUCAACCGUACAAGCUAACCCUGGAUAUUUUUAGCUUGGAAGGUCAUGGGGCGCCUGUUUUCUAAUUUGCACCAAGAAUUAUGUUUUUUUAUCUCACGCCUCAUGUCCCUCGACGUGGAGGUAUGAACACAAUGAGUCACCCGAUGUAAAAAUGCCAUAUUACUUCUCGGAGCUUGCUAUUUUACAGCGCGGUAAUUUCUUCUGCUUGAUUUAGCAGCCAGCGCCUCCUCUAAUUACAUGCCGGGAACGUCGCUCUAUUUUUCAUGAGAGCUUCCUGCCGGUACCAGUCGCGAAGACCACGCUUCCUGCCACAUGUUGCGACCGGGCGCAGUGGAAGAGCGCUCGUCACCAUACCGCUUAUUCACGUAAGAUGACGUCGGCAGCUGCUCUGAGGCCGCUGGGAGGGCUGUGCGUGUAUACAAGGGAACGCCGCGACAGGCGAUAGUCACUCUAACAAGAAGGAGGAGAGAACAGGGGAGGAAAGGUCAGCACAUUGGCCGCUCACGUUCCAAGCAUAGUGUUAUCGGAGGCGUUGGUAGCAGCAUGCAGCCAUAGUACUUUUAUUAGGAAAAGCAUAUUUGUAUUUUAUUUUAUGGAGAAAAAGUAGGACGCAGCAGGUUUAGCAGGAUAUUGGUAAAUAAGAUAUUAACACGAAAUUGCUUGGGCCAACCGAAGACAUCAUUCCCGGCGUUAGUUAUUCGCUUCAGAAGAACCAAUAAAAUAAACUUUCAAUUUGGAAA